AUGAACGGCUACGGCUCUCCCUACCUGUACAUGGGCGGCCCGGUGUCGCAGCCGCCGCGGGCGCCCUUGCAGCGCACGCCCAAGUGCGCGCGCUGCCGCAACCACGGCGUGCUGUCCUGGCUCAAGGGCCACAAACGCUACUGCCGCUUCAAAGACUGCACCUGUGAGAAGUGCAUCCUUAUCAUCGAGCGGCAGCGGGUCAUGGCGGCGCAGGUAGCGCUGCGCAGGCAGCAGGCCAACGAGAGCCUCGAGAGCCUCAUCCCCGACUCGCUGCGCGCCCUGCCGGGACCCCCGCCGCCGGGAGACGCCACCUCUGCCCCGCCGCCGCCGACCUCGCAGCCGUCUCAGCCACCGCCGCCGCCGCCGCCGCGCCCCGCUGUGGAGUUGGCUGCUGCCGCCGCGCUGCGCUGGGCCGCCGAGCCCCAGCCUGGGGCGCUGCAGGCGCAGCUCGCCAAGCCAGAUUUGACUGAAGAACGACUCGGGGACAACAGCACAGCGGACACCACUGAGACCUUCAGCGACAAAGACACGGACCAGAGGAGCUCCCCGGACGUGGCCAAAAGUAAGGGCUGCUUCACGCCGGAGAGCCCCGAGAUAGUGUCGGUGGACGAAGGGGGGUACGCGGUCCAGAAGAACGGAGGCAGCUCCGAGAGCCGACCCGAGAGCCCCAAGUACCCCGGGGAGCAGAAUCACCUCCUGAUCGAGGGCCCCUCGGGGACUGUGUCUCUGCCCUUCAGCCUGAAAGCCAACAGACCGCCCCUGGAAGUGUUAAAAAAAAUAUUCCCCAACCAGAAGCCCACGGUGCUGGAGCUGAUCCUGAAGGGCUGCGGGGGUGACCUGGUGAGCGCCGUGGAGGUCCUGCUGUCCAGCCGCUCCUCCAGCUUGGCCGCGGACCGAACUGCGGCAGAGCCCGAGGGCCUGGUGCUGCCCUCCAACGGGCACAUCUUCGAACACACCUUGAGCUCCUACCCCAUCUCCUCUUCCAAAUGGUCCAUGGGCUCGGCCUUCAGAGUCCCAGACACAUUGAGGUUUUCCGCCGACUCCAGUAACGUGGUCCCCAACCCCCUGGCCGUGCCCCUGCAGCACCCGUUCCCCCAGCCCCCCCGGUACCCUCUGAUGCUGAGGAAUACUUUGGCGAGAAACCAGUCGAGCCCCUUUCUGCCCAACGAUGUCACCCUGUGGAACACCAUGACGUUGCAGCAACAGUACCAGCUGAGGUCCCAGUACGUCAGCCCUUUCCCCACUAACUCUACCAGCGUCUUCAGAAGCUCACCUGUCCUCCCCGCCCGCGUCCCCGAAGACCCUCGGAUCCCCAUCCCUGACGAUGGGUGUCCCAUCGUGUCAAAGCAGUCCAUUUACACCGAGGACGACUACGACGAGAGGUCUGACUCCUCAGACUCUAGAAUACUCAACACAUCAUCUUAAAGUGCUACCCGAUGGGUGGUGACCAGGUGACAUUUUCUGUGCAUUUGAACCCUGGCCCCCCCUUGAGGAGAGGCCACAUCCUGUGUAUACCUUUUCCUUCUGUUUCACAAAGUG